UAGUUUGGGGGUUACGAAAAUAAACAAGUCCCCGCAAGUUUAAUGUUUCGUUGGCACCUGCUCAAUCGUGUAUAUGCUACUUGAAAGUCACAGUUACAGUUUCGCGAUACGGAACGUAAUAGGUAGUCGAUGCUGCCAGAUAAAGGAAGAGACGGGCAAAGGUAUCUUACACAACACUAUACAGAAAAUAAGGAUAAUGGAAGGCUCUGAGAAAUUUAAAGAUACGGCUGAUAAAUAUAGUUGUGCAGAACCAGAAUCAAUGCGUGUAACUUCAAUAUAUUUAGAUUUAAAAGUGGAUUUUAGUGAACAAGUUCUUGAAGGAAAAGCGCUUUUGACUAUAAAUAAGGAAAGUUCAAGUAACCAAGUUAUUUUGGAUAUCGGCGACCUCAUUAUAGAAAGUGUAAAUCUACCAAUUGACACUGUACCAGUAUACCAUGUCCGCAGUUAUACCAAAUUGUCUGGUCAAUAUGGAAAUCUAUUAAUCAUAAAAAUACACUCUAAUGAACUUCCAUACACUGUGACGACUUAUCAAAUUGAGAUUAAAUAUAGAACAAGUAAAAAUUCCAAUGCAUUGAUUUGGCUUACACGUGAGCAAUCUGUCGAUGGUACAAAUCCUUUCCUAGUAUCUAACACCAAGUACGCAUAUGCAAGAACGUUGUUUCCAUGUCAGGACUCACCACGUGUUAAAUUUAAGUAUUCUGCUAAGAUUACCGUGCCAACAGGUUUCACAGUUGUAUCAUCCGCGCCUAUGACAAAUUCAUUCCACGAUGAGGACGAAAGCAUAUUUGUUUUCGACCAACCGAGACAAAUACCACCUUAUGGAGUAGCUAUUGCCGUGGGUCAAUUAGAAACACAAAAACUUGGUUCGAAAAGCAUAGUGUUUGCCGAAGAGAAAUAUAUUGAUCAAAGUGUCAGAACGUUUGCAGCUUUCGAAAGUAUCUUACAAAUUGCCGAAAGAAUCUGUGGCCCAUACUGGGAUCUAUUUCAAAUAUUCGUGCUCCCAUCAAAUAUUCCCACGAAAUAUUGUGAAAUAUAUCCAAACGUGAUAUUUAUAUCACCGGCUGUACUCGACGUAGAUAUCUGUUUAGUUACUUCACUUGCUAAGCAAAUCCCCCUUAUGUGGACAGAAUAUUUAGUUACGCCUACCAGCUAUUUUGAUUUCUGGUUAAGUAAGAGUCUCGGCCUGUACAUUUAUACGAAGAUUAUACGCGAAAUGCAGAUGAGUGACAAAAUAAAGCAGCAUCACAUUGAUAAAGAAAUACAUUACUCGCUGAAAGAGAAGAUUGACAAGGAAUUAUAUAAAAAACACAACUAUCAGUUCGUACCCCAACUGACAGAUAUGUCGAUUCAAGAUUUAAAUAAAUCUCUUAAGGAAUGCGUGCCUUAUGAAAUAGGAUAUCUGUACUUGGAAAAAGUGGAGUUCGAAGUAGGAGGAGCACAACUCUUCGAGUCAUAUCUUAGACAUUAUUUUUUUUCUUAUGCGGGCUGGAAUGUAAAUGCUGAAAAUUGGAUACAAUGCUUGGAACAAUACUUUUUGGAGAAAAAGGAGGAGUUACAUCCUAUAUUGUGGUUUACUCCGUUGACGACAACAGAUGUACGAAAGUAUUCAACCGUUUCGAAAACUUCGAUGGAAACUUUUAGUCUCUUCUUAGCGGAAGAAUGGCUAGAAUGGACUUGUCUGAGUAGCGGUACACCCCCUAAUUUCCAAGGGGCAGACUCUUUUUCUGAUAUUGAGAAGAUAUUCAUUUUAAGAGACAUACAUGAUUUGAUAGUGGCUCGGAAAGAAUGUGAAGAUUUGAGUGGCCUCGAGAUAGAUAAGCUGACAGAUAUUUUGAAGAUCACGAACAACAAUUAUGAAAUAUGGUUCUAUUGGCUAUGUCUGUGCAUCGCAAAUCGAUGUUCAAACUCGGUUCAAAUCGCUUUGGAUUUUGUUACACAAUAUUGUUGGCCAAGUUAUGCACGUCGUAUAUUUAAAGAAUUGUAUGAUUGGCCAGAAAUGCGUGAAAAAGCGAUCGCUGCGUAUAAUCAGUGUAAGAUAAAGUUUCUUCCGGUCCUAGGUAUGACGCCGGCUGAAUCGAGAAAGUCUAUGGACUCAGGUACCACUUUUCAUAAAAAGAAGAAGAAGAAGAAGCAUUUCAAGUCAACGCUCCGUACGUACGAUAGGCUUCACCAAGUAUAGCUUGACCGUGCUUAGAAUUC